UGGGGUGCUGCAGAGUGGCACAAGUUCAAGGAGCUAAGAUGAGAGGGCAUGGGGGGAGGGUUAGGUGCAGAGAGGCCAGGGAAAGAGAAUCCAGGAUGUGCAUGUAUGCAAGUGCAGAAAGGCUAGAAAAAGACUAGGCUACGACUCAGGGUCCUCUUAGUGCCCCGCAGUUCUUGGGCUACAAUAAGCCCCUGAACCUCAGCCACCCAUGGAAGUCUCAGUCCGCCUCACCUCAGCCUCAUAGUAUGGCGUAAGGAGAUUUCUUGCCUCUUAGAGCCACUACACAACAAGGAGCUUGCUUGCCACACUGCUAGACUGGGGCUGCCCUUUGUUCUGGGAAAGGCCUCACACUGCCUGGCUUGGCCUUUACAAGGAAGCUAUGGCCACAUGAGAUCAUCUUCCCCAAUCUUACAAAGAAACCACUUGGGGAAGAAAACCUCGUAUAGCCAGCAGUUGCCUUGUGGAAGGCAAGGCUGGACAAACUUAGUUAGCAAUGGGAAAAUGAUGGUGAAGCUAAGGUAGCAGGGCUUGCAGAGUGCAGGAUGCCAUGGCGGCAGGGGAGAGAAGUGGAUGGGGAGAGUUGUAACAUUCUCUGUGGUUGUAAGUGCAGACAGGCUGUCAACUGCACAAGUUUUGAUCUGGUUAUUGCAGGGAUGCAGCAAUGGCCAUAACUUCAGGGACUGGUCAUAAGUCCCUUUGUUCAAUGCCACUGUAACUUGUAACAGUUGCUGAAUGAAUAGCCAUAAGUGGAGAACUACUUGUAGAAAUGAAUGUAGGAACAGCUUCUGUCUUGUGUUUUUAGCCUACAGAAUUUCAGCUAAAUGCUGUUGCUCUGGUCUUGUGUAUCCUAAAGUCACAGAAAAGACUUAUUGCCAAUGUUAUUGCCAAUGUUACUAAGAGCAGAUGCAGUGAAAUAGUUGAGGAAGAUGGGGCACAAUUUUUCACUCUCUUAUGGUAAUAAUUUCCACAUGCAUGUAAAAUAAAAUAAGGGAAUGAAGAAAGGAGAAGUCCCAUAUGGAAAAAACAGAUGUAAGGGAGAAGAUACCAGACUGGGAGAUUGAGAUAAUAAUAGUUUUUAUUAUCAAAGUGUUCUUCUGCCUAGGCUCCCUACAUUUUUGACACAGCCUUGAUUGGAGAUGCUUAACUGGCAUACAGAGCUUGGACUAAUCCCAGAGUAUGCAGCCAGAUGGGGCUGGUCUGUUCCUAGCCUAAUGGACUAAAUUGAUAAUAGAGCAGCCCUGUAAAUAGGACACACUGCCCUACCGCUAUUCUCACAAGCCAUCUUUUUCUUGAAGCAGGCAUUGUUUUGCAACCCCUGGUGUAUUUUUAGGUAGUGCUGCUUUGAUUGGGACAGGAAAAUGCUUCAGAUUGGCUGUGGAUCUGUUAUCUUUCCAGUUCUGCUAGCAGUGUGCAGCCACUAUUUCCUAGGUAUUUUUGCCACAAGCAGUUCCAAUCAUUGACUUAUUUGUCAGUCCUAGGCUAGUGAGAAGGGAAACUGUAGAUUUCUCAAGUAUGAAAAAAGAUUGCCUUUGAGUCAGAAUUUUUAGUUUGAAGAAGGAAUGCUAGAAGCAAGCUUUAUAUUAAGGCAUAUCCUUUUGAAGUUGAAUGCAUGUGCCUCAAAUAGACCCUGAUGUGUAGUCAACAGCCAGUCAGGAGAGGCCUUAAAUAGCUGCUGAACUGUUGUGAGUUGAGCUCUGAAUAGGAGCUGCCAGAGAUCUCCUUGGCAGCAGACCAGGAGAUCCCUGCUUUACUUAAUAGUGCAUAUUAAUUUAUGUGUAAAUGAAAAGCAAACAAACUCCUGCCUGGGGCUUUCAUUGACAUUUUUUCUACUUAAAUGCAGUAGCUGGGAGCCAGGAAAUCUUGGCUUUACAGAUGCCUUAUCAGAAUCAGUGGAUGUCUUUGGGAAGAUUUCCCCUCCUUAGGACAUAGUUCAUAAUGGCCCACGUUAGCUGAAAGCAGAAUGUCGUCAGCUUUACUGAUAGAUGGUUGAAGUUCUAAUGUAAUUCAUAAAAUUAAUGCAAAGAGGUUAACUCGGGAGGCAAACAGCUUUUUAAAAACAAUUUGUCCUGGUAAUUCAUACUGGUGUCAGCUUUUUGCUGAUAUAUGUUAAAUAUCUUCUCAUAAAUUUUGGGAGAUUCAAAAUGAAACAGAACAGAAAACCAACCAACCAAACAAACAAACAAACAAACAAAAAACUGGCCCUUUCCAGUAAGGCUUUUAGAUACAAGGUGAGAAAAGGUCUGUAUUGUGAAGAUGAAAUAAUUCUCUUCUCGGGACAAUCACAAUAGUGUGUAGAUGGGCAAUGCUAUUAACAUUUUGAUUUUCAGAACUAUGUGUUGUUUUGUGUUUGAAAUAUUUGGAGAAAGGUGAACUUCUUAGUGGUAGUUCUGCAACAUAUACAAAUCUGUAAGUUUUCUUUUGUCUUUUUUCUCAAUAACAGUUUGGGAUAGACACAUUUCCUAUAAGUUCUUGCAUCUUAGUUCAGCUUUCUCUAAUCCUGCAUCCUUUGUAAGUAGAGUAGAAUAAUAGAGUUGAAAGGGACCUUGAAGGUCUUCUAGUCCAACCCCUUGUUUAAGCAAGAAACCUUAUACGAUUUCAGACAAUCGGUUGUCCAAUCUCUUCUUAUUAUCUCCAGGAGCACCCAAAAGGCAAACCAUUCCACUGAUUAAUUGACCUGUCAAGAAACUUCUCCUUAUUUCUAGGUUGGAUUUUCUCUUCAUAAGUUUCCAUCUGUUCCUUCUCCUGCCUUCAGGUGCUUGCUAUUAUAACUACUGGUUCAAGAAAAAAAGAGUUGUAGUCCGUGCACAGCUGCAAGUCUAUAUCGGGAAGAUAGCUAAUAAAUUCAUUAGCUUCCAUAAAAUUGUUGAUGUCUCUAAAAGGAAGUGGAAAAAUUUGCUGUGUAUGACUGCUGAUAAAUGUGGCUGUAGCCUUUGGCACUAUGAACAAUGUAUAAAAUUGACUUACACUGAUAUUACUCAGUAAAUAGUAUUUUUUUUAAAAAAAUGUGUAAAGUUACUAGGCUUUGCAAAACAGUAAUAAGGGAGGAGAGAUAAUCAGCAGGCCCAGCCUAAAAAUAAGGGAGGAAAUUGCAUUCUUGUUGACUAGAGAAGCAGUUGGGAAAUGAAUAUAUUUAGAUGCAAUUAGAUUUCUAUCCCAAGGGCUGAGUAUUACCACAACUUGUCUCAUAUUUCAUCUUCACUCCUCUGGGGAAGAUUCAACAGAGAGAAGGCAUGAGUUGCCCAAGGCCACCGGCUAGUGUUCCAUGUGCUGUUGGUCCUGAAAAGGCCUCCAGGAACAGACCUGCAAGAAUACAGCACACAUCAUCAUUAGAUACCAUCCUUGGUUCAUACCUUAUGGGCCAGUGGCCUCGGGAUGCUGAAGGACUUCCCUUGUCACAUAUGAGUGACAAAUCUACUCAGACUCCAGUAUCUUGGUAUGAAUCAGAGGUGAGAAAAGUUACAGAUCAUAAGCGAUCUGCCUCAUGGAAUAAUAUGGAUCAUCGUAGAGAGAUUGCUAAACUGAAGCAACAGCUCCAGCGAACAAAGCUUGCUGUUUGGAAUAGCAAAGAGAAAGCCCAGAGCUUUUCCACUCAAGGCAAUCAUAGCAUGGUCCCAUCAAUCAAGGCUUCCCCACUUGCAUCUUUUCCAGUCCCGACCACUGUAUCGAUCAGCCCUUCUUUGCACAACAGUUUCGACAGUAUCAGUCAGGAAUUGGAAGAGAUGUUUGUAAAGGAGCAAGGAGACGAGGAACUCCUCAGAAUCUUAGAUGUCCCAGAUGGGCACAGAGCUCCACUUCCUUUCCAAAGAAAUACUGACGAUUCCUUGUUGCCACAUCUGGAAAACAGUAGUCUCUGCAGCAGCCUUUCUCUUUCUCCAUCCCCUUCAGCUGCUCUUCGACAAUCCCCACAUUCUCCUGCUCAGAUAAUAACUGAUGAAGCUUUGCCCAGGGCUUUAGACAAGCUAGUAUUGGAGGACAAAGGUAGAGAAAAUGGCAUCACUUCUCCAGUCCUUGCCUUUGCUCUGUCUCCUCGUCCCAACCACACCUAUGUAUUCAAGCGGGAGCCCCCAGAGGGUUGUGAAAAAAUCCAUGCUUCUGAGGAAAUAGUGUCUGAUCUGCCUGUCCUGCCUUCUUCUCCUGAUAAGAACAAAGUCUACUUCAAUCCAACGGGCUCUGCUUUUUGCCAGUUUAGUCUGGUGAAGUCUCUUAUUCCCAAAGUAAACAUCCUGUACAGAGACUUCUCUUCCUCUCCCAGCCCAAAGUCCUCAGGCACAUUUUCUUCUUGCCAAGUCACUACCACUGUCCCCAUCCUCGCUUUACAGAAAGACUUAAGGGGAGACUUCAGUGAAAACCCAAAAUCUCCUUCAUUAGGCUUGGAGUCCUGGAAACGGCACCAACCUGAAGACACUGCCCUGUUUCAUAGUUCCGUGGUUGUCUGAAGCACAGGGAGUGGAGUAGAGGCAAAAUAAAUGUAUGGUCCUUCCAAGGCCUGUAGAAAAAAGUGCCUUGAUACUGGGAAUCAGAGUGAUCCCAGCAACAGCCUUAAAGUAAAGAUUGCUAUUGGACUCCUUUCAAGGAGCACUUUCUUUCCUUAAGCAUCUCUGUCAAUAUCUUUUUGCGACUCUGGUAUCCAAAGAGCACCUAAUCUUCUCAUUUGGAAUGCCUAGGCAAUUACAAGGAUUGUCUUUCUCUCUGCUUGCUGUGUGAGGCAGGAGCUCAUUGAUGGUGUUUAAAUGUUCCUAGAGAUGUUUCUCAAGGUUCCAACAGAAUAGAGUGUACAAUGAAUAUAAGAUGCCAGAACUUACAUAUGCUGAUUGAACAGUUGAUGUCAUUGGAUAAAAAUUGAGCAGAGUUGUGGUUUAUGGAAUCUCAACUCUGCAAUACCAUUAAGAUUCUUUUCAUAUCCUGCCCUGCACUGUAUGGCACUCACAUCACUGGAAUACAAUCAGCUAAAUGCUUUGAAGUAUUUUCUUUCUUAAUGAUUGUACCACACCAGAUAAUUGACUAAGUAAAUUAUUCAAGGUGUGUCUUAGAGAUAAAGAUUUUGAGUCCCUUCAUUAGAAGAAAGAGCAAAGGAGGAAUGUCCUAGUUGCACUUUUUCCAGAUGGACCUCCUGAAAUUAUUUUUUUCAAAGAACUUUGCAUAAUGAGAUUGAAGCCCAAGCCAUUCUCGAGGGAUGCAGCUGCCAAUGGAAUUAACAUAUGCUAUUUUCCUUUAUUAUAAUAAAUUGGACUCCUCAGUGCAUCUUGACACUACAACUCUUCUAGACCAUGAAUUGGAAAAUCAGCUCAGCUUUAUUUUAAGAAGAUUCCAAAGAUCCUAUGUUCACUUACGUCUUUGUCCUAUACCUCUAUCAACCCCUUCAAUGGAAAGCCUUAAACCUAGUGAUGCCUUGAUUGCAAAGUGUAUUUGGAAGUCAUAUUUUGUUGUUACAUUUAUGGAUUGUACUAGGAGGGUUUUAUGAAAUUGAGAGAAAACUAUAUUUUCUUUUGAAGACAGUAUUUUUGCAGCUACUUUUAAAGUUUUUGUAAAUGUUAAUGUACUGUAUGCACCAUGAAAAGCUUCAUGAAACAAUCUGUCUCAGAGCUUCAUUGCAUCUUGAGUUGAAAGGUUUUUGCAGAUUUUUGGUGUUCAAACCAAUUAAAAGAAUGAUAAAAAUGUUGAGUAUCAAAUAUGUUUAUACCGCAUUGUGUUAAAAAAAGGAGAAAGUAAUGGUCCAAAAUAGCUUGGAUUGAUUUUCAUAUUUACAGUUGUAUUCUUUAUAGCCUUAUAAGUUUGCAUUGCACUACCAAAACUGAAUAAGAACUGACUGAUGGAUUGA